GUGUCUGCUCCGGUCGCUCCCAUGGCUCAGCUGGCGCCCUACUUUAAGCCGUCUCUCCCAUUUACUGGCUCUAUUCAUGGCAGUCUUCGUGAUGGCUUGAUGGUUAUCAUCAGUGGAACUGUUCUUCCUCCAUGUGACAGGUGUAUGCUUGUUCCAGAUAGACUUUCAGUGUGGAUCCUGCCCAAUUCCUCAAGCUGAUAUUGCUUUUCAUUUUAACCCACGAUUCGAAGAAGGUGGAUAUGUGGUUUGCAAUACUUUUGAAAGACAGACUUGGGGAAGAGAGGAGAGGAAAUAUGAAAUGCCUUUUUUUAAAGGUCACCCCUUUGAGAUUCGGGUUUUGGUAAAACCCGACUCGUUCCUGGUAAUUUUUUUAAUACUGUAUUUUACUUGCAAAUUAUUUUUAAAAUUAUUUUUAAACAGAUGUUAGUCUGGACCCUUCAGGCUGUGGGGAGCCCCCCUGAAGCCAUGAGUGGAGUGCAGUGCAAGGGUCUGCAAACAGUACAUCAGUUUGAAGGCUCUGGACCUUAAUUUUUAAUAUCAGUAAUUCCCUUUUCUGUUGUACUCUUGCCUUUUAAAAUUUCUGUCUAGCGUUAUUACAGCAGACCGCUUUUCUGAGUUGAUAUGGUAAGACGCUUCCUCAUUUGCCUUGGGCAUCAGAUUUAGAUUUAAAUAUUUUGUUGCUAAAAAUAAUGAGAGGGUGCCCAGCUUUUCAGAAAGGGGCAGUGGAAGCAGAGGAAUUCUAGGGGUUGCCUUCCUGUGGCAACAUGCAAAAGUAAUGGGAAAGUGAUGCAUUCUUAACUGUUCUUUAAUAAAAUUAUCAGCUAGGAGAGCCAGCACCAUCUGACUAGCCAGUUCUCUGUCUAGUACAGUUUGAGAUCCACUACCCAAAAGUUAUUUGCACAUUUUAGAAAUAUUAUUCACAGAAACACAGGGCUGUGUUGCCCAUCCCUUUUUAGUAGAACUCCCAGACACAUUUCAAUGGGAAUGUCACAAUAGUCCCAAUAUAUAGGGCUCUUUAUAUCCCAACACAGGUUAGGGACAGAUUCUGAUACCCUUACCCACAUCGAGUGGCACUUUACUGUGCGUAUGCUAUGUUGAGAACUGCUCGGUGGUCCUGAUCUUCAGCAGGCGUGUGUGAUGCUGAUUUAUGCUAGUUGAAGACCUGGUCUGAUGUGAGUUAAGGUAUUAGAAUCCUGCACUUGUUCUCUUAACGAUCUAAUAUCUUGGAUCUAACAUUGUUUUUUUAUUUUAAAGAAGAGCUUAUUUUAAAGAAGAUGCUGUACACACCCAUAGUAAAAGACAGUUCUCCUCCUAGAAUGCUCAGACUCUAAAUAGACACAAUAGAGAAGAGAAACAAUGGGGUGAAGUGACAUGCCCAGUGUCACACACCAAGUCCAUGGUCAUUAGAAAUAAAACCCAGCCUGUCUCCCAAUCCUCUAGACCACAUAGUCUCCCCUACAUUAUAGUAGACAUACUAACCAUUAAAUGCAGCACUUCUGGCAUUGUAAACAUAAAAAGAAUUACAGGAAGGGUGGCUGGCAGAACAGAGAAAGCACAAGGGUGACAGUAACUUCACGUGGCUGCUCAGCAGCUACAUACCAGCUUGAGAGGUUUAUUCGCUUUCUUUUAUGUCAUAUCCUCUCCCCAGAACCUCACUUUUCAUGAAUCGGAAAGCAAAAGUGUUGUUAAAAAAAAUAGGGCUUUGAAUGUGACAAGGGGGUAGCCUGGAAGACAGGUUUGCGGAGGAGUAAUGACUUGGAGGCCAAAUCUGCAGUGAGGAUGUCUGAGUAGCUCUACUGAAGUCACUGGAGCUAUGCCAAGCCUCUAACCCUGAAGAGUUAAGUGAUGCCCUCAGGAGUGGGCCUCUUCAUUGGCAAUUGAAGGCAUAUGGGACAAACUCUUUUGUACGUUGGUAUUCCUGAUCAUCUACCCUCCAGGAGAAAUGGCCUGUGGUCUGGGAUACUCCCGUCAUGAAAAGAGGGAGGCGAAUAACUAACUUUGAAGUGGAAAAGGGUGAGGCUAAAAAAUCAGGAAUUGGAAAUUGUGGUCUCCAUACCAUGGGCUAGGGGGCCAGUGCAGCUGCAUUGUAAUCAGUUCUGCCAUGCCGAUUCUCCGCUGAUCGCCUCACCCAGUGAUCUCCUCUAUUCCAGCAGAAGAGGGAUGUGCUAAAACUGCCCCAGGUUAUGUUCAGCCACAGGUUUCCCAGCCUCACUAUUGUACCAAACCGGCUGUAUCGGAACAAUGAUAUGUUCGAGAUCCAAAUCUAGCUCUAAACUCUGCAGCUUGAGCCCACUUCUUAUUAAAAUUCUCUGUUGGUGACAUUAGUUACACAACCAUGCAAACACCGAAUGCCUCCCAAAUACUCAAGGCUAACCUCUGUUCUCUUCAACUGCACUGGUGUAAAUCCACUGAAAUAGAUUUAACACCACAUUUUACACAAGUGUAACUAAAAGCUUGACCCCCCAAGUUACCGAGCUGUUAAAAAUGGAAUGUUUUUCAGUACUCGGUAAACACUAUAUCCCAUACAGGCCAAACCUCUGUGCGUAUGUCUGCACUGCAUAGUAAACCUUGGCUGAGACUCAGCCCAAACUCACCUAACUCACCAAACUCACUGUCUACACACAGUGUCUUCUGACUUGCACCAGAAACCUCUCAGGCCUGCAGACUUGCCCAGGGAUACAGGUCUGAGUCCGAGGCCCACUGUGGCAUGGGUCCGUGGCCACUCAUUUUGCAAUGUGGGCUCAGCUGAAGCUCAGGACGCCAGGAUUAUGUUUGGAGAGUCCACCAACCCUAUCGCACAAUCCUCUAAUCUGGUGCAUCCCAGUCUUUCCUUCCGCAAUCUUCUUACUCAAUUCCCAGAACAGAAGCAAUCUCCGGAUUCAAAUAGAGCUGCUGGACAUUUAACCCUUCGUGUCCAUGUGGACAGCUCAACUGGCAACACCGUUCACCCUAUGGUGCGUUAGCAAUGGCCAGCACGGACACCGAGUCCUCCAUCCAGUGUGCUGUGUUUUGGAGGGCAAUUCUCCCUCCUCGUGCCCUUUGUAAAGCAAACGGUUUGCCACUGUUUCUCUCCGCUCUUCCGACAUGGCCCAAGAUUGUGAAUGUGGGUCCCAUCUUGUGCCCCAGUUUCCUGUGCUGGUACUACUUAUGUCAGAGGGUGUCUGCUCCAGUCGCUCCCAUGGCUCAGCUGGCGCCCUACUUUAAGCCGUCUCUCCCAUUUACUGGCUCUAUUCAUGGCAGUCUUCGUGAUGGCUUGAUGGUUAUCAUCAGUGGAACUGUUCUUCCUCCAUGUGACAGGUUCCAGAUAGACUUUCAGUGUGGAUCCUGCCCAAUUCCUCAAGCUGAUAUUGCUUUUCAUUUUAACCCACGAUUCGAAGAAGGUGGAUAUGUGGUUUGCAAUACUUUUGAAAGACAGACUUGGGGAAGAGAGGAGAGGAAAUAUGAAAUGCCUUUUUUUAAAGGUCACCCCUUUGAGAUUCGGGUUUUGGUAAAACCCGACUCGUUCCUGUCUCUCCCAUUUACUGGCUCUAUUCAUGGCAGUCUUCGUGAUGGCUUGAUGGUUAUCAUCAGUGGAACUGUUCUUCCUCCAUGUGACAGGUUCCAGAUAGACUUUCAGUGUGGAUCCUGCCCAAUUCCUCAAGCUGAUAUUGCUUUUCAUUUUAACCCACGAUUCGAAGAAGGUGGAUAUGUGGUUUGCAAUACUUUUGAAAGACAGACUUGGGGAAGAGAGGAGAGGAAAUAUGAAAUGCCUUUUUUUAAAGGUCACCCCUUUGAGAUUCGGGUUUUGGUAAAACCCGACUCGUUCCUGUCUCUCCCAUUUACUGGCUCUAUUCAUGGCAGUCUUCGUGAUGGCUUGAUGGUUAUCAUCAGUGGAACUGUUCUUCCUCCAUGUGACAGGUUCCAGAUAGACUUUCAGUGUGGAUCCUGCCCAAUUCCUCAAGCUGAUAUUGCUUUUCAUUUUAACCCACGAUUCGAAGAAGGUGGAUAUGUGGUUUGCAAUACUUUUGAAAGACAGACUUGGGGAAGAGAGGAGAGGAAAUAUGAAAUGCCUUUUUUUAAAGGUCACCCCUUUGAGAUUCGGGUUUUGGUAAAACCCGACUCGUUCCUGGUUAUUGUAAAUGGAAAGCACUUUGUGGAGUACAAGCACCGGAUUCCACUUUCCAAAGUGAACAACCUUAGUGUGUCUGGGGGUGUGGAAGUGGCAAUCAUCAGCUUCCAAGAUGCUACUCCCCCAGGUGCUUGGUGUCCUAGAUCAGCUGGCAUCACCAAUGCAGUUUUCCCACCUACACAGUUCGCUCCUGGAUCGACAUAUAGUCCGCAAACUUAUCCUGUGCCAUACCACACUUGGAUUCUUGGAGGACUUUAUCCAUCAAGAUCUUUCGUAAUAACAGGGACCAUUCCUCUUGAUGCUGACAGAUUCCAUGUCAAUCUGAAAUGGGGCAAAGAAAUUGCCUUCCAUCUAAACCCAAGAUUCCCUGAGAAGACCAUUGUCCGCAACAGUUUCCUGAACCAGUGCUGGGGGCCAGAGGAACGUGACUUGCCAAGUGGCAUGCCUCUCAGCCGUGGGCAGAUCUUCACAAUCUGGAUUUUAUGUGAAGCUCGCUGCUUUAUGGUGACUGUGAAUGGACACCACCAGUUUGCAUACAACCACCGAGUUCCUAACCUGCAGCAGAUAGACAAGCUUGAAGUAGAGGGUGAUGUUAUGCUGACCUAUGUUCAGGUUUAAAGAUGAAAUCCUACAUACAAUUUAUAUAACAGAGUCAGCUUCUGUGUACGCCUCCUAAAAUUAGCUGUUUACUAGGGAAUUUGCUACUGAAACUUAAUCAAGAAUCUAAUUCUUUUUUUUUUUAUAACCACUUCAACCUAACUAGCAACCCUGCUAUUUCUAGACGAACCCACGCUUUUUGUAUAAGCUUUUUAUAUGCUAGAACUUUACUUCUGUUCAGAUCAUAUUGUUCAUUUUUUUAAGCCUUUUUACUACGAUAAUACUUAGAUUCCUUAAUUUUGUAAGUGAAUAAUCAGGGAUCUGUGCAUUAAACUUAAUACUAAAACA